UCCUUUCGUUUGUUUUCGUUGAGGAAUUGAGGAAGUGAAUUUUACAUCAAAUGCGGACUUGAAAUGAUAGAUCACCGGAUUUCUAACUUUGUAGCGUCGCGGCAGGUAUCACAUUAAAGCUGUGCAUGUUUCGGAGCAGACUGCGUGCUUUACGGUAGAUGACCUCAGUUAGCCUAGUGCUCUUUCAAGCGCUGUUAAAAACAUUUAGUGCGAUUUCGACCUAACGUCACUGGACCAGGAAAUAAAACGCAACACAAGGCAGCAGAUGAAGAACUGAUGCUGAUGAAAAAGAGAAACCAUACGUGUUUGAUAGUGUCAGGCAUGGCUUUAUUAGCCGUGCUCAUGAUGGUGCUGUACGGCACCAUUGGCACCCAGCCUCCCGUCACCUCCAGCCUCAAACAUGACUACCAGCUGCUGGGCAGACCUCUGUACAGACUGGACCUGGGCUGGCCCAAGAACCCAGAGGUGUUCACCGGGGACGUGUUUGCAGUGGCUGUUAACCAGUAUUCUGCUGUGGUGUAUGUAGCACAGAGAGGUAACAAUGUGCCCAAGGUGCUAGUGUUCACCACAGAUGGAGAUUUCCUCAUGUCCUGGAAUACAACCACCCUGGAGAUGCCUCAUGGCAUGUUUUUGGCAGACGCUGCCUCGUCAAACCCUACAGUGUGGAUCACAGAUGUGGGGAGCGGCCCAUACGGCCACUGCAUCAAACAGUACUCAUCAUCUGGGAAGCUCCUGCAGGUGCUUGGUACGCCAGGGAAGGCAGGUACUGGGUUGAACCCUCUGCAGUUUGACCAGCCGGCUGAGAUCUUUGUCCACGACUCAGGAGAGAUGUACAUCGUGGAUGGUGAUGGCGGGAUGAAUAACCGUCUCAUUAAGCUGUCCAAAGAUCAGGAGGUAGUGUGGACGCACGGAGAAAAAGGACAACGCCCGGCUCAGUUCUACAUCCCCCACAGCGUGACCGUAGACAGCGCCCAGAGGGUCUGGGUGGCCGACAGGGGGAAUAAGAGGAUCCAGGUUUUUAACUCCAUCACCGGAGACUGGUUGGGGACAUGGGGGAGCUGCUUCACAGAGGAUGCACCCUACUCAGUUCGCUUGACCCCGGACAAGAAGUACUUUGUUGUUGUCCAGCUUAACACCCACCAGAUCUCAAUGCUGGAUGCCCCACCGGUGGGUUUGAUUGGCCAGUGCAGAGUGGUCAGUGUGAUCCAGCUGGCUGAUGAAGUGAAGCCCCACCUGGUGGACCUGGACCUGAAGACAGGGGCCCUAUAUGUGGCUGAGAUUGCAGCUCAGCAGGCCCAGAAGUUCACCCCCUUCAGUCUGGGUGGAAGCAUCUAGUAGUGCCACAAUUGGAAAUGGAGUGAUCGAUCAGACACAAACUGCGUCAGUCAUAAGCAUUACCAGUUAUCUAAAACUGGACUGAAAAUGUCCACGUCUGUUAUUGUAAUUUGCAGUCAUGUGAUCAGGAAAAAGAAUCACAAAAUGAUUCUUUGAUGAAGCCUAAUAAAAUAAUAAAAAUAAAAAGAUUUAGAUGUCUAAGGUAUCCCCUGACAACCCUGUCUCAUAGAAAUGACCUUUUUAUUAUAAUACAGGUUUGCAACAGUAUUCAUGUUUCAAAAGAAACAUAAUGCUGUAUAAACACCUUUUUUUUUAAUCAACAAAAUAAGAAAAGGUGUUUGUUUCUGCAAAGUUGCAAAAUGUUCAUACUGAACACAGUUUCAAAACAUCCACAAAAUGUGACAACAUGUGUCUUUUGUUUUCUUACAAUAUCCACUCAUAGCAAAGAUGGCCUGAUUAGUGUUCUAUGCUUUUGUUUAGGCAACACACAGCACUUAGUCAAAGGUUAGAGGAAUCUUGUUUUGUUACGUGUUUUCUUUUUGAUUAAUCGACCAAAACUUCAAAAAGUGUUGUAGAAACCCAAUCUCAACCUUAUGUGGGACGCAGCAAACCUUAAUCUCUGGUGUCAAAGUCCUGCAUUACAAAAAAACAGCACCUCAGGGACUUGAACAAAGUAACAACAAAGUUGACAGUUGAUGACAAAGUAUGCACUGUACAUCUGUAUAAAGAGAAAAUAAGAGAAAUAAAUUAUAAGACCUGAGAGUGAAUCAACAGAUUCUUAAAGGGAUGGUUCAAAUUCUUUGAACUGGGGUUGUACGGGAUAUUUAUCCAUAGUCAGUUUAUUACAUACAGCAGGAGUCAGUCGGCACAGCCCAGUUUGGAGAAGCAGGCUGGAGUCCAGCAUGAAAGCUAAGCUAAAAUAGGCUGUAUUUUGUUACUGGCCCCUCCACAGCAGUACAUCGCCUCGCCUCCGUGUCGAAUUCCAGCCUGCUUCUCCAAACAGGAGGUGUGUUGACUGACAUCUACUGUAGGUAAUACACUGACUAUAAAUAUGUACCUGAUACAACCCCACUUCAAAAGGUCUGAGUUAUCCCUUUAAUAUUAAAGGACCAGAAUCAGGACCAACAUAAUCAGUGCAUCCCCACUUUCAAUUGAGCCAUUUGACAUAUGAAUGAGAAAUGCAGAAACAAUCCCAUCAAACAGAGGCUUAUUUUAAGGGGUCCCCUGUGCCAGGUUGUCCUGUUCACUAAUGCAUUCACAGUAUUUGGCAAAAAAAUGUAGUAUAUAAAUGUCAUUUUUUUGAGACAGGGUUUCCUCUGACGAAGCAUGUGCUGGUUUAAAAAGUUAUUAAUAUUCAGUGUUCAAUACUACAAUGGAAUUCAAAGUGGAAAAUAUUUGGUAACACUGGACUUAUAAAACAAUGUAAGGACUGGGCGUGGGUCAAUUAAAUAAUUUGUUAAAGUACUUGUGUAAAGUGUGAAACAAAGCCAAUUCUACUAUUACAGUAUAUUAUGCACUUAAUGAAAACCAGGUUUCUUUACAGUAGAUAAAGGUAAUUUUGUUGGUUAUUUAUUAUCAAUGCACUGUUAUCAAUGAUUGCUAUUCUAAGGUGAACAUAUGGCUAAUGCAUUUAUCAUUAUUUUUUGCUGUGUGUGAAGUGAAGUGCCAUCUGUAUUUUUCAUGACUUUGCAGCAGUUUCCUUUCCUCACUGCAGACACUUGAAACUCUCUUGUGCUUUUUGCCGGUUCAGCCUUUUGCCAGUAUAUGGCUGUUUCUAAAGACAUUUGUAUGAUUACACAUGUAAACAUGUGUAAAAGGCCAGAGCUGAACUGCCUAGCGGGCUGUUUGACCUGAGAUGUCUAUAAUUAUCAAAGCAGCACUUAAUAAUGCAGUGAAUAAAUAAAGUGUCUGAUGUUUAAUUCUUUCUGAAAAAUGAUUUGCUAUUGUAGGUCUAUAGUUAAUCUUGAUGUAUCAUAUUACUGUCUUGCAGUGUAUUUGCUGUACUACAGAAUCACCUGUAUUUUGAUAUUAUCAUUGUUAGGAAAGCAUUGUGAUUGCUUAAUUGUUUUUUCAUUGUUGCCACUAUCAGUCACUGUGCAGGCUGUGUGAGAAAAUGAAUUAUUUGGGAUUUCCCUGGAGAUUCAGUGAAGUAGGAAGUGAUACUUGUGGCCACUUGCUGCUGUCGGUUCAAAAGUCCUUCAGACAGUGACAGAAAACAAGGUACUCCCACACUGUAUAGAGCUGUGGGAUUGUUGCACUUAUGCUCAUUGCAUCCUCUAUUCAGUACAAGCCUCUGUCCAAUAACUGAGCUAAAUGUGAAUCAUACAACUUUUGUUUUCAAGCCCUGGCUUGCUGGUAAUGAUGGAGUCCAGGAAUCCAGUUUUACGCAUCAAGUUUAGUUUACUCACCUUUAGGAGUGCUACUGAACAGUUGUCUUUAGGGAGGCACGUUUAUAUCGUCACGUCAUUGGUACUGGCAAGUAUUGGCUUCAAAAUGAAUGAUCAGAAUCGGCCAACAGGCUUUUUCUUAUUUUGCAAAAUGACUGAAUAUUACAUACAUUAAAAAGCAUUCUAUUUCAUGUCUCUAUCUGCUGGUGGGUCAUCAGGAUGCAUGUAGGAUAUGACUUAAAUUCCACUACAGAAGAGACUUGAUGAUCACUAAAAUUAGGAAGGGAAAAAAGUGGAUAUAUCGAUAUCGGUAUUGGUCAUCAGCCAAAUAAGUUCUUAUAUAUCAGUAUAUCGGAUAUUGGCAAAAAAAUCCAAUAUUGUGCAUCCCUAGUUGUCUUACGUCUCGCACAGCUCUGCAGGAGCUUUGUCAAGUCUAAGAAAAUAGAUCUCAGUUUGGGCUUGGAGACGUCAAAUCUUAAAUAAGUAGCCUGCGUUACUGACGGUGUGGAUUAUGAAAAGAUGUGGGCAUUUGCAAGGCAGGCUUGGUCUGCAGAAGAUGCUAUUGCAUUAUGGGAAAUGUAGAAUUCGGAAGUGCAAUGUAUGGAAGUGCAAUACUCAAUCUAAUCACCAGUAAAAAUGAAAUGUUAGCAUUGUACAUUUCUGCAAACCACGGAUAUGUUACAUUUGUUCGUUAUUAUGUAGCAGGUACAUUGGUUAUAGUUAGGAAAAUAUUAUGUUUUGGCUUAGAAUACCUUGUUUUGGGGGCAUAAUCCUGGGCAACAAUGUCUCUGUAAAAAACAACGUUUUUUUGUACAGCUACCCCCAGCAGCAAUAGGUCACUAAAAAAACUCACUUUUGGUGCCUACAAAGAUGCUGGAAACAGCAAUGACUUGACUUCACAGCCAGUUUUGUUGUUUGUAGGUCUCAUCUUCAGUGGUCUGCAGCUUGGCAGGCACCUCAUCUAGUUGACACACUAUCCACCAUCCCCUCCAUCUCCUGAUGACAAAGUCAGCUCAUACUUCAGAAACACUGAUAGAUACAUAUGAAACACGCAAAUGUAACGUAAACAUGGUUUGCAGAAACUUAGAAUGCCAAUAAUUUCUUCUGGAGACUGGGCUGCAAUACAGCAUUACUGGAGCCUUGAAAAUAUUUUUUUUAAAUCAACAGCAGCAAUGUGAAAUGUGCUGAUGCUGCUCUUUUGUCCUGAUAUACUUUGAGACAGUGUUCUAUGCUGAAGGUUAUUGUAUGUAAAACAGGCAAAGUGACCAGUGAGUUUCAGUGAAGGACGUAUAGUUUAUUUGGUUUUAUUUUUAUCAUUUUCCAUGUGUACAGUAAACUGGGAUGCAUGCAUUUAUUGAUAAACAGAACUUUGCAUAAUAAUAGUAUUGUGUUGGAAAAUGCAUUUUAAGCUUAAUCCCAAUAAAAACAACAUGGUGAGUUGGCCUGUAUAUGCAGUAGGUACUUGCACAUAUGGGAGUGUUGAGUUUGUGUGUGUUUUGUUGUCCAAAUUUGUAUAAUUUGUCUCGAAAGUGAAAUUUGUUGUACAUGAAGUUUUAUUUUUCAUUUGAAGUCACUUUUGAAAUGUUAUUUUGUUUUCUUUUAAAUUCUUACUGGCAGGGAACCCAAGGGUGAAUGAUACUUCAAAUAAAAACGUUAAUCAUA